CAGCAACCUAAUUCCAUCGCCAGGAUGCUUUUCUCCUUGACAUUCGUUAGGGGGCGCAGAAGUCGGAGGGUCACGUCCUAGCCUCUCUAGCCGCGACGCCUGCCUUGCCUUCCGGCCGCACUGCGUUCCGCUUCCGAGGAAACGCACGGGUUCCUGCUGAGGUUUCCGGGCUGUCGGGGCUGAAGUUGUCCUGCACGGUGGAUUGUUUCGUUUCCGGUGUCCUGCGCCGCCGCGGCCUUUCGGGGGAGAGGUGCACGGGGCUCCCGGAGACGCCCACCGGACCCUUUCCUUUCCGCCCGGGUGGAGGCCAGGGGCCGUCAUGGCGGCCACCGCGCAGCCCAAGAAAAUCGUGGCCCCCACGGUGUCCCAGAUCAACGCGGAGUUCGUGACCCAGUUAGCAUGUAAAUACUGGGCUCCUCACAUCAAGAAGAAAUCACCUUUUGAUAUAAAAGUAAUUGAAGAGAUAUAUGAAAAAGAGAUUGUCAAAUCAAGAUUUGCUAUUAGGAAAAUAAUGCUGCUGGAAUUUAGCCAGUAUCUUGAAAAUUACCUCUGGCUGAAUUAUUCUCCUGAGAUGUCUAGCAAGGCCUACUUAAUGUCCAUCUGCUGUAUGGUGAAUGAGAAGUUCAGAGAAAAUGUCCCUGCAUGGGAGAUUUUUAAGAAGAAGCCAGACCAUUUCCCAUUUUUUUUUAAACGCAUCUUAAAAGCCGCCUUAGCUGAAACUGAUGGUGAAUUUUCGCUCCAUGAGCAGACAGUCCUACUGCUUUUUCUUGAUCAUUGCUUCAACAGUUUGGAAGUUGACUUGAUAAGAAGUCAAGUACAGCAGCUCAUCUCGCUGCCCAUGUGGAUGGGCCUACAGUCUGCACGAUUGGAAUUAGAAUUAAAAAAGACACCCAAGUUAAGGAAAUUCUGGAACUUGAUUAAAAAAAAUGAUGAAAAGAUGGAUCCAGAAGCAAGAGAACAGGCCUAUCAAGAAAGAAGAUUUCUUUCACAACUCAUCCAGAAAUUUAUCUCUGUGCUGAAAUCAGUUCCACUUUCUGAACCUGUUACUAUGGACAAAGUUCAUUACUGUGAAAGAUUCAUUGAACUUAUGAUUGAUUUAGAGGCUCUCCUCCCCACAAGGCGCUGGUUUAAUACCAUCCUGGAUGACUCCCACCUUUUAGUUCACUGUUACCUCUCCAGUCUUGUUCGGAGGGAAGAGGAUGGCCAUCUUUUUUCCCAGCUUCUGGACAUGCUUAAGUUUUAUACUGGUUUUGAAAUUAAUGACCAGACAGGAAAUGCUCUGACAGAGAAUGAGAUGACCACAAUACACUAUGAUAGAAUUACUUCUCUCCAGAGAGCUGCUUUUGCACAUUUCCCUGAACUCUAUGAUUUUGCCCUUUCAAAUGUGGCAGAAGUAGAUACUCGAGAAUCCUUGGUCAAGUUUUUUGGGCCUCUUAGUUCAAACACACUCCACCAGGUGGCAUCAUAUCUCUGCUUGUUACCAACGCUUCCCAAAGAUGAAGACACAACUUUUGAUAAAGAAUUUCUUCUUGAAUUGCUGGUAUCUCGUCAUGAACGUCGAAUUUCUCAGAUUCAGCAGUUGAACCAGAUGCCUUUGUAUCCAACAGAAAAAAUUAUAUGGGAUGAAAAUAUUGUUCCAACUGAGUAUUAUUCUGGGGAAGGUUGUCUUGCUCUUCCAAAGUUAAAUUUGCAGUUUUUGACUCUUCAUGACUACCUCCUAAGGAAUUUUAAUCUUUUCCGCUUGGAAUCAACUUAUGAAAUUAGACAAGACAUUGAGGAUAGUGUCAGCAGAAUGAAGCCAUGGCAGUCUGAGUACGGUGGUGUCGUGUUUGGUGGCUGGGCACGGAUGGCCCAGCCCAUUGUGGCUUUCACUGUAGUUGAGGUUGCUAAACCCAACAUAGGUGAAAACUGGCCCACUCGAGUUCGUGCGGAUGUUACCAUCAAUCUGAAUGUUAGAGAUCACAUCAAAGAUGAAUGGGAAGGGCUUCGUAAACAUGAUGUGUGUUUUUUAAUUACUGUGCGGCCCACAAAACCUUAUGGCACUAAGUUUGACCGAAGGAGACCAUUUAUUGAGCAGGUUGGCCUGGUGUAUGUCAGAGGCUGUGAAAUCCAGGGCAUGCUGGAUGAUAAAGGGCGUGUCAUUGAAGACGGACCCGAACCUAGACCCAAUCUUCGAGGAGAGUCGAGGACAUUUAGAGUGUUUUUGGAUCCAAACCAGUAUCAACAAGAUAUGACCAACACUAUACAAAAUGGAGCAGAAGAUGUGUAUGACACUUUCAAUAUAAUAAUGAGGAGAAAACCAAAGGAGAAUAACUUUAAGGCGGUGCUGGAAACUAUUCGGAACCUGAUGAAUACUGAUUGUGUGGUACCCGACUGGCUUCAUGAUAUCAUUUUGGGUUAUGGGGACCCAAGUAGUGCACAUUAUUCAAAAAUGCCCAAUCAGAUUGCCACCCUUGAUUUCAAUGAUACAUUUUUGUCCAUUGAGCACUUAAAAGCAAGCUUUCCUGGUCAUAAUGUGAAAGUGACUGUGGAUGACCCAGCUCUACAGAUACCCCCUUUCAGAAUAACCUUCCCAGUAAGAAGCGGAAAAGGAAAGAAAAGGAAAGAUGCAGAUGGGGAAGAUGAAGACACUGAAGAAGCAAAAACCUUAAUUGUUGAACCCCAUGUUAUUCCUAACAGGGGUCCUUAUCCUUAUAACCAACCCAAACGCAACACAAUUCAGUUCACUCACACGCAGAUUGAGGCCAUCCGUGCUGGAAUGCAGCCUGGGCUGACUAUGGUUGUGGGGCCACCUGGUACAGGAAAAACAGAUGUAGCAGUCCAGAUCAUCUCCAACAUUUACCAUAAUUUCCCAGAACAGAGGACUCUAAUUGUUACCCAUUCUAAUCAGGCUUUGAACCAGUUGUUUGAGAAAAUCAUGGCUUUAGACAUUGAUGAACGUCACUUACUGCGUCUUGGUCAUGGAGAAGAAGAACUGGAGACAGAGAAAGAUUUCAGCAGGUAUGGAAGAGUUAAUUAUGUCCUGGCUCGAAGAAUAGAACUGUUAGAAGAAGUUAAGCGAUUGCAAAAGAGUUUAGGCGUUCCAGGAGAUGCGUCAUAUACCUGUGAGACUGCGGGCUAUUUCUUCUUAUAUCAAGUGAUGUCUCGUUGGGAAGAGUAUAUUAGCAAAGUGAAAAAUAAAGGUAGUACUUUGCCGGAUGUCACAGAAGUCUCUACUUUCUUCCCUUUCCAUGAAUACUUUGCAAAUGCUCCUCAACCAAUUUUUAAAGGCAGAGUUUAUGAAGAAGAUAUGGAAAUUGCUGAAGGAUGUUUCAGGCAUAUUAAGAAAAUCUUUACUCAACUUGAGGAAUUCAGAGCCUCUGAACUGCUUCGCAGUGGACUGGACAGAUCCAAGUAUCUUCUAGUGAAAGAAGCCAAAAUCAUCGCUAUGACCUGUACUCAUGCUGCCUUAAAGCGACAUGACUUGGUCAAGUUAGGAUUCAAGUAUGACAAUAUUUUGAUGGAAGAGGCUGCCCAGAUUUUAGAGAUAGAAACAUUCAUACCUCUUCUUCUACAGAAUCCUCAGGAUGGUUUUAGUCGGCUAAAACGGUGGAUUAUGAUUGGUGAUCAUCACCAGCUGCCUCCAGUCAUUAAGAACAUGGCCUUUCAGAAGUAUUCAAACAUGGAGCAGUCACUCUUCACUCGUUUUGUCCGGGUUGGAGUUCCUACUGUGGACCUAGAUGCUCAAGGGAGAGCCAGAGCAAGCUUAUGCAACCUCUACAACUGGCGAUACAAGAAUCUAGGGAACUUACCCCAUGUACAGCUCUUGCCAGAGUUCAGUACAGCAAAUGCUGGCUUACUGUAUGACUUCCAGCUUAUUAAUGUUGAAGAUUUUCAGGGAGUGGGAGAGUCUGAACCUAAUCCCUAUUUUUAUCAGAAUCUUGGAGAGGCAGAGUAUGUGGUGGCACUUUUUAUGUACAUGUGCUUACUGGGAUACCCUGCUGACAAGAUCAGUAUUCUGACAACAUACAAUGGGCAAAAGCAUCUUAUUCGUGACAUCAUCAAUAGACGAUGUGGGAAUAAUCCAUUGAUUGGGAGACCAAAUAAGGUGACAACUGUUGAUAGAUUUCAAGGUCAACAGAAUGACUAUAUUCUUCUGUCUCUAGUACGAACUAGGGCAGUAGGCCAUCUGAGGGAUGUGCGUCGCUUAGUGGUGGCCAUGUCUAGAGCCAGACUCGGACUUUAUAUCUUUGCUAGAGUAUCCCUCUUCCAAAACUGUUUUGAACUAACUCCAGCUUUCAGCCAGCUCACGGCCCGCCCACUGCACUUGCAUAUAAUUCCAACAGAACCUUUCCCAACCACUAGAAAGAAUGGAGAAAGACCAUCUCAUGAAGUGCAGAUAAUAAAGAAUAUGCCCCAGAUGGCAAACUUUGUAUACAACAUGUAUAUGCAUUUGAUACAGACUACACAUCAUUAUCAUCAGACCUUCUUACAGCUACCACCUGCUAUGGUUGAAGAAAGUGAGGAAAUUCAAAAUCAAGACACAGAAAUGGACACAGAAGAAGAAGCCCUACCUGCUCAAACUGACAUUACACCCAGUCCCACAGAUGCCAGCGCCAGUCAAGAAACCCCAGCUUCUCAGACCAGUCCCACCCCCAGUCACACUGAGACCGUCCCGAGUCAGGCAGGAGACAGCUGCACUCCCGAGGCUGUCCCUGCUCACUCUGAGAUCCCUGCUGCUGUCACGGGGCCUGUGGCUGAACUUGCAGAGACCAGCAGCCCUCAAGAUGCUGCAUCUGCCCCAGCAGAGACCAAGUAGCCGAACUAUAGCCUCUCCGAGGGGCGGGGGGGGAGGGGAGGGAUAUUUCAUUUGUAAAGUUAAUUUUUAUAUUGGAUGUUUGCUUCUGCUAUUUUAAUAGUGUUGAUUAGUGUUUGGUCCUUAUUUUUGUUAAUUGAUUUCAGGGUCAUGAAUAUAUAUUUUAAAAUGUAUGUAUGAAGAUGGAAGAUUUUCAGAACUUUGUGGAGAAAUGAAAUUAUAAUGUGAAUUUUUUGUAACUUCUCAAAGCCUUCUUAUAUGUGAGCUACUAUAGUUUUGUCUAUUUAGUCAGAAGAACAAAUGACCAUUCCUUUGAUACUUUGAUUCAUUUUGACGUUUUGACCACUAAGUGAAUGUGUCUGUGGUCAUUCCUGCAUUGAAAAAUUAUCUAUAGACUACUUAAGACAUCCCUUCGUUUUUUUGUGUGCCUUGAAGAAAAGGACAUAACACACUGCCAUUAACCAUGAAGGCCCUUAAGUGAAUGUUCAGAUUGGUAAGGAAAUUGAUUUUUUUUCCUCUAAGAUUUAUUCAUUUUAUUUGAGAAGCAGAUUUACAGAGAGAGGAAAAACAGGUUUUCCCUCUAUUGGCUCACUCCCCAAAUGCCCACAACAACCAGAGUUGAGCCAGUCUGAGGCCAGCAGCCAGGAACUCCGUCAGAGUCUCCCAAGGAUGUAAGCCAUCCUCCACUGCUUUCCCAGGCUUUUAGCAGGGGGCUAGAUCAGAAGUGGGACAGCUGGAACACAAACUGGUGCCCAUAGGGGAUACUGGCACUGUAUGCAGAGGAUUACCCUGAUAAGCCACCACACUGGCCCCAGCAAUUCGUUCUUGACCAUAUUAUCAAAUGCUCAAGUUCUGAUUGUUUUUUUUCCAACGCACUUGGUCCCCUUCUUUGAUGCACAGUUUUAACCCUAUAAUACAGUGUUUUCUCUAAUCUAUUAAAGGUGUUAUACACAUUUUCUUCA